GUGGGCUGAGGCGAUUGACAUAAUAGAUACAAGACCUAGACAGAGAGAAGCAAGCUAGAAUGCUCUGAAGAGCGGUGAAAAGUGAAGGUUUACAAAAUUACGGAUGCCCACAAAGCACUGAGAAGUUAAAAAGCGAAGCCGAUAGAAGAAUAUAUUUUAGUGUUAUAAAAUAUGUGUGUUAACGCAGUAGUCGCACCGGAUCAAGUUCCUCUUUAUAGCCUCAUCAAAAAAUAUAAUUUUCAGUCGGAAGAUAUAAAGAGAUCACAUAUUCGUCAGUGAAGGAAAAAUUUCAACUCUGUUACAACCAAAAUGCUGCCUGCGAUACCGUGGUUAGUGCAAGCCGGCAUGGCCAUUGUCGCAAGUUACGGAGGGUACCUGUAUUACGACCAGAACUUAAAAGACCUCAGAGGAGAUCUUAACGUUUCCAUGCUCAAAUUUGACUUAAACAUCAACAUUUUCGGUCAGACAGAGGCCCUGAAUGCCCUGGUGAAAAGCUUAAAUCGGCACCAGAAGAAACCAGGUUCUGAAGUGACUGUGUUGUACGGGGGAGUUGGGGUUGGCAAAACUCUAGCCUUGUCUCUUAUCCGGCGCAACUACCAACCACAACGAGCCAUUACCAACGUGAUGCAGAACGCGCUGGAGGACUUCACGCAGGUCCAGGAGGUGCACAAGACGCUCAAGUCUAAUUUAGUGAGGAUCAAGCAGGGCUUCGCUCUUGUCACGAUCGACAAUGCCGACAUCACAAGCGUUGACUUGUGGCGAUUCAUCAAAGCCAUCGACAAUUUGUGCAUUUUGUACCAAACGCAGGCAAAGGUUGUCAUCAGCGCGCAACUUUUCGGGGAGUCAAAUUCGGAGAACGUACGUGACUUGAUAUCCCAUUCCUUCAAGAGUGAAGAGGAGUACACAAAUUACAUCCGGGACAAAAACCAAAAAGUGUGCUCCUACUUUAGCACCUGCAAUGCAAUCAUGUUCAAGCCGAUUUCAUUAGAUACCUUGAAAAUGUGUAUCAGUGCUUCUGCCAAAACUCUGACCAGAAUGGACUUGACUGAAAAGCAGAUGCUCUAUUUGAUGGGCCAAAUUUCUGAAGUUGGACUUGAUUAUGUACCUGGUGGAUGUAAAUCAGUUGAAAACUAUGUUGCACUUCUGCAUGAUGGGCUGUAGAAAUUCUGCACAAACUGUCUCGAGGUGUUGCUGUAUUUUAAAUUAACUAAAUUAACAAGGCUGAUUUUGCACAUCUCUUUACGCAGUUCAUUAUUGUGUCUGUAUGAGUCGGUUCCAUUUUAAAUGGAUUCUGCAAGAUAAUUAACUUUUGGGAAUAAUUGUGUAAUAAUAAAGUUUUGAAUUGAACUUAACCAAAAUAAAUGGCAUAAAUUAC